AUGACUUUUGCUUCAAUUAGAUUUGAUAUCUAUCGAAAAGUUCCUAAAGAUCUCACUCAACCAACAACUACUGGUGCAGCGAUCUCAAUUAUUUGUGUCACAUUUAUUUCAACAUUGAUUCUUAUUGAAUUUGACUAUUUCAUUACACCUGAAAUUGUAAGUGAAUUAUUUGUUGGCAUACCAGAAAGUGGCCUAGCUGAUCGCAUACCGGUAAAUAUUGAUAUAAGUAUACUCAAUAUAGAUUGUAAAUAUGUUGGUAUCGAUAUUCAAGAUGAUCUUGGCCGACAUGAAGUUGGAUUUAUUGAUAAUACAUUAAAAACAACGGAGAAUAAUGAACUUGGUUGUCAAAUUAAUGCUUCUUUUAAAAUAAAUCGUGUGCCAGGCAAUUUUCAUAUCUCUAUACAUUCGUCACAUGUUCAACCUGAAAAUGGUGAUAUGAAACAUGUUAUACAUGAAUUAACUUUUGGCGAUUCAAUUAAAUUAUUGUGUUAA